CACUAAGCCAAAAUGUCCUCUCGGUUUCUCUCUGGAGGUUUUACAAAAAGUUCUGUAUUUUCAUCGUACUCUUAUACGUCUUCUAUCACUAGUUCGUAUACUCGUUAUGAUACUGUUCGCUCCCCCUUUCUUUCAUGUCGUCACUUGGCAGGACUCUCUACUUCGAAACCAGUGAACAAGGUUGCUCUUAAGCGUAAGGUGACCCAGAAUAUUCUCAAGAAUAUGCCUGCUCUCCCCCAAAUUGUUCCUCCAGUCAAGCCAGGAAACUCCUACUCUUUCUUUGUAAAGAGUAAUGCAGAGACUUUCAAGGACUGUCCACCUGAGCUUAGUGCUAAAAAGGUUGUGUGGGCCUCGAAGAAAAUAGCCGAGAUGUGGCACAAUACAUCUCCAAGCGCAAAAAAGUUGUACUUCGACAAGGCUUCUGUUGCUCUCGAAAAGUACAAGAAGGACUAUGCUGAGUAUCUCAAAAAGCUUACUCCGGCUCAUCAUACUCUUAUUCGCAAGAUCAAUGUAAUGCGCAAGGCUCUUGGUAAAAAAGUCCAAAAGCCUCCAGUUAACGUGCAUCUUCCAAAACGCCCAACCUCUGCUAUGUUCUGCUUUAUGCGUGAUGCUGGGGCUCUCCCUCACUCCAAGCUUGCUGAUCUGAUUGGCGAAAAUGCCACAUCGACACUGGUAAAGCGUACUUCUGCUCUGAGCAAGGUGUGGAAUGGAAUGAGCUCUGGGGAUCGUGAAAAAUAUACCGACGAGUACAAGAGAGCAUAUGAACAAUGGUUUAAGGAAAAUGCAAAGUACUUGGCCAACACCAAAGAAUCGACUCAAACUAUCACCGAUAUGAUGGCUGCUUUGACCAAAAAUGCCCGUGCACAGGUUAUGCCUAAAAAAAAGCUUGUCAAGAAAGUAAAAAAGAUUGUUAAAAAGGUUGUCAAGAGAAAGCUUGUUGUGAAAAAGUCUACAAAGAAGCUAGUUGCUAAAAGGACUGUCAAGAAGAGCGCUAAGAAGCCAGCUGCCAAAAAGACUACCGCCAAGAAGACUGCUGCCAAGAAGACUGUUAAAAAGACUGUUAAAAAGAGCGCCAAGAAGCCAGCUGCCAAGAAGGUCGCUAAACGCAAGGCUUAGGCAUAUGGUGGGAUGGUAGAUGAACAGAUAUAAAUAUGUUUUGAACACUUGGCAGGAAUAAAUUGAUCUUAUGCUAAAGAUUCAAACAUUUUGCAGUCAUCUCCAUAUAAAAUGGAACAUCUUUGUAUUUAUUUUGCAGUAAUUGUUUUGAAAUGAACAGCAAUUAUAAAUGCUC